CGAGAUUUGGCUGAUGGCGCCGGUGGCCUGCGGUGCUAGAAUCCACAUUUUCCCUGCGCCAUGGAUUCAACCGGGCUACAGCUCUUCCACAUCGCUGGCAAGGCAUCGAAUGCGUGGCGCUGUGACCUGCUGCGCUGCGCGAUCCAGGCGAGCUGUCCGAAAUCCGAGUCUCAAGCAGCAGCAACAGCCAAAGCAGUUCUCCUUGCCUGUGGAUUUUCUCUCUUCCGAGGUAGCAAUCGGCACUGGAGGAGCGCUGUUGCUGCUGGUAGCGGCAUAUUUUGCUGUGCGAAAAUUCUCGUCUGGUGGUGGGAUGUCCUCGCGGCCUUCCGAGGAGAUCACGAAUUUGGAGCCUUCUUCUCCGGAGGCUACGCAGAAAUACAUACAAGAGAGCAUGUCUCGGAUCCGUGAGUUUUCCAAAGAGCUGCAAACAUUUCCCGAGGCUGACAUGAGUGGUCGUAAGUUUGGCGAUGAGGGGAUCAAAAUCUUGUCUUCGAGCCUUGGAUACAACAAAUCGCUGGAAUACGCUGAUUUUUCCGCCAACAACAUCACAGCAGUAGGCUCGUCGGAAAUGAGAAAGUACUUGCGCGCCAAUAGCCACUUGAAAACGCUGAACAUGUCUGGAAAUCCUAUUGGUGACGAUGGAGCAGGGGAUUUUGCUGGCAUAUUGGAGACGAAUGGGACUCUAGAAAAGCUGCAAUUAAAUAGCUGCAACAUCAGUGACGAGGGUGCAAAGCUCUUGGCGAAUGCGCUUAAAAGUAACCAGACUCUGGUUGUGCUAGAGCUGAACAACAAUACGAUUGAUUAUCCAGGUUUUGCUGCUAUUGCUGAGGCUUUGAUUGUAAAUAAAACCAUCAGAGGCGUGCAUCUGAAUGGCAACUACGGUGGCGCACUUGGAGCUUUAGCUCUAGCGAAGGGAUUGGAACAAAAUAAAAUUUUGAGGGAGAUUCACUUGCAUGGGAAUGGCAUGGGCAACGAGGGUAUUCGUACUUUAAUGGAGGGUUUGGCUUCAAGCAAAGCAAAACUCUCGAGUCUUGAUAUUGGAAACAACAGCAUUGGUCCUAAAGGGGUUUACUACGUGGCAGAAUAUAUGAAAAAAAGCAAAAGUAUACAGUGGCUGAACUUGUACAUGAAUGACAUUGGUGACGAAGGUGCCGAGAAAAUCGCAGAAGCAUUAAAGCGGAACAAGACAAUCUCUACCAUCGAUAUUGGAGGAAACAAUAUCACGGCUGCAGGUGCCACUCAUAUAGCCAAUGCCUUGAAAGACAACAGCACCAUCACAUCACUAGAGAUGAGCUACAAUCCGAUUGGCGGAGACGGCGCAAAAAUCUUAGCGGAGACUCUCAAACAUAAUGGCAACGUCCAAACACUCCGCCUUGGGUGGUGUCAGAUUGGAGUCAAGGGAGCGGCGGCCUUCGCUGAGUGUUUACAAUACAACUCAACAAUGUCAACUCUCGACCUGCGUGCAAACGGAUUGGGCGAUGAGGGUGCGGCGAUCCUGGCUCGCAGUCUAAAAGUUGUGAACGAAACUCUGACGUCGCUGGACCUAGGCUUUAACGAAAUACGAGAUAACGGAGCCUUCGCUCUAGCGCAGGCGCUCAAGAACAACGUGGACGCGGCAGUCACGACGCUAAACCUCAUGAACAAUUUCUUUACGAAAUAUGGAAAGGUGGCACUGACUGAAGCCAAAGAGCACGUUUGCGAAGUACAAGAUGGAAAGGAGAUCAACAUCUUUUUUUGACCGGUUGAUUCCCAGAAGUAUAGCGUGCUUUGAUUAUGUAGUAAUGGGAUCUAAACUAAGCAUAUAAAUCAGAUUCUGUACUGUACAUUAUACAUAGUCUCAAACCAAAGAGUGCAUUGAUCACCGGUAAA